AUGGAGAACCUGUCAAUACAAGACCUGGCGCCAGCAGGAGGCCCGAAUCAUGUGGCUCCGCCUCCAGGAGGACUUCCGCAACUCCCACCACAGGAUACGAUGGAGCGCAUCUUCGUCCAGGAAGUUUACGCUGAUAUUGUACGCGGCAUAUUCCUGGUUCGAGGCGAAAAUGUCCUGCUUCUUGGUGAAAUUGAUCUUGACAAGGACGAUUAUAUACCUGAGCCUUAUCGCAAAGUAUCUCCAGAGGAAGUGCACGCUCUGAGCGUUAAAGUGAACAAGGAAAAGAAACAGACCGACAAGGCAACACCCGGCAUACCUGGAUACGUUGUGCCUAGGAGGAAGAGGCUGAAGGCAUCUAAAGCCGACGAGGAUAUUCAUGAGGAGGUCGUGCAGAUGCAGAAUAUUGUGAAAUGCUUCCGCCGACGAGAGGAUGACGAACAGAGAGGCUUCUAUACUUGCGCCAUUGAAAGAGCAUUGUGA